AUGCAUUAUACUUUUAGGCCGGUUUCUGCAUAUGCUAUGUUUUUCCGAGAUACCCAGGCAACAAUAAAAGGACAGUCGCCUAACGCCAGCUUUGGCGAGGUGUCUAAAAUCGUGGCAUUCAUGUGGGACGCACUGGAUGCUGAAGCAAAGAACGUAACUUUAGUAUCCUUAUGCAGACUAUUUCUUAAGCUUCUCCUUCGUUUGCCGAAAUUCGUA